AUGGCCGGUGCCGGAAUUCACCCAUACCACCAGCAAUGGCCACCAGGCGCUGCCCCUCCGACUGCUGCCAUGGCCGUUCCUCCUCCUCCUCACCCACACCCUCCUCCAAUUCCCAUGGAUAACCACGCCCUCCAAUCACCCUCGGAUGAGGUACGGACGAUUUUCAUUUCGGGGUUACCGGAGGAUGUGAAAGAGAGAGAGUUGCAGAACUUGCUGAGAUGGUUGCCGGGCUACGAGGCAUCGCAGGAUAUGGUCUUUGAUGCUGAUUCAAAGUCUGUACUGCACACGGAGAUGGCCAAGAAGAAUCUUUUUGUCAAAAGGGGAAUUGUUGCUGAUUCAAAUGCUUAUGACCAAAAUAAACGUAUGCGAACUGGUGGUGAUUAUACGCAUGCUGGUUAUUUAAGUCCAUCUCCCUUUCACCCUCCCCCGGCACCUGUUUGGGGACCGCAUGGGUAUAUGGCUCCUCCACCUCCGCCUUAUGAUCCUUAUGGAGGUUAUGCUGUUCCUCCAGUCCCAAUGCCUGCUUCCGCUCCUGUACCGGCGCCAAGCAGUUAUGUACCUGUUCAGAAUAAUAAAGACAACCCACCUUGCAAUACUCUGUUCAUUGGCAAUCUUGGUGAGAAUAUUAAUGAAGAAGAGCUGAGAGGCCUUUUCAGCGUACAGCCUGGCUUUAAGCAGAUGAAGGUAUUGAGACAGGAAAGACACACAGUUUGCUUCAUUGAAUUUGAAGACGUGAAUAGUGCCACAAAUGUGCACCGUAACUUGCAGGGUGCUGUUAUACCCAGUUCUGGUUCUGUUGGCAUGCGCAUUCAAUAUCCUUUACGUUUACUUUUUCUUGUGUUAGAUGCCAAGAUGGUUUGGAUCGACCGGCUAGGUUUUGAUAUGCGCCUCAGAUCUACCCAAAAUGACGUAUUUGAGGUCCAAAUUCCUUUCCCUAGAGAAGUGACGGAUGAGAAGGCAGCAAAAUCAGCGUUCAAUGGUUCUUCUCUCCAUCGGAACAAUGUGGGUAUGCUUGUUACUAAACUUGUUGAAGAAAUGACUCCUAAUAUGGAAAAGGGUUUGAAUUUUUUGGUGCUGAUUUUAUGCUUCUGUACAUCAAUCCAUGGCGUAUCAGCUUUGAGUCGUGAUGGUACAACUCUGUUGGCCCUGGCUAGGCAUUGGACUGUUGUACCUCCUCCCGUGAAACUGAGCUGGAAUGUAUCAGAUUCCACUCCUUGUUCAUGGUUUGGAGUACAAUGUGACCGACAUAACUUCGUGACUGAUUUAAACUUGAUUAGCUUAGGAAUCUCGGGCCAGUUGGGACCUGAGAUUGCAUUUCUAAAGCACUUGAAAUUACUGAACUUCAGCUUCAACAACUUUUCCGGUCCGAUUCCUUCAAACAUAGGAAAUUGUAGUCUUCUUAAAUAUUUGGAUCUCUCGACCAAUAACUUCACAGGGAAAAUCCCAGAAAGUCUUGGAAAUUUGCGAAAAUUACAGUAUUUAGGCUUGUUCGAAAACUCUCUAACUAGCGUAAUUCCAGAAUCCUUGUUCCAGAUUCCUUUUUUGAGUUUCAUUCACCUCAGUACCAACAUGCUUAGCGGUUCAAUCCCAUCGAGUGUUGGAAACUCUAGCAAUCUUGUAAAACUUUACUUGUAUAGUAAUCAAUUAUCGGGGACUAUCCCUUCCUCCAUAGGAAACUGCAGUACCUUGCAAGAACUUGUUUUGACUUAUAAUGAGUUGAUCGGGCCUUUGCCUCCGAGUAUGAAUAAUCUCGAGCAGCUUUCGUACUUAGAUGUGAGUUACAACAGCUUGGAGGGCCGGAUUCCAUUGGGUUCAGGUAGUUGCAAGGAAAUGAACACUUUGGCUUUGUCGUCAAACAGAUUCAGUGGUGGUAUUCCAUCCGGGUUGGGCAAUUGUAGUAAUUUAGCCAUCCUUGCUGCUGUUAACUGUGGAUUAAGUGGUUCAAUCCCUUCUUCUUUAGGCCGACUUACUAAAAUGACAAGACUUUACCUGUCCGAGAAUCAAUUGUCGGGUAUAAUACCACCCGAACUGGGCAAGUGCAAAUCUUUGACUGAUUUGGAGCUAUAUGGAAACCAUUUGGAAGGUGAGAUCCCCAGUGAACUAGGGAUGCUCAGUGAGUUGCAGGACCUACAUCUUUUUACCAACCAUUUGACAGGUGAAAUUCCAGUUAGUAUUUGGAAGAUUCAAAGCCUUCAGAACAUUCUUGUGUACGAAAACAAUCUUUCUGGGGAGAUACCUCAAGAAAUCACUAAGCUAAAGAACUUAAGAAAUAUUUCCCUAUUUGACAAUCAAUUUACAGGAAUCAUACCUCAAGGUUUGGGAAUAAACAGUAGUUUAACUCAAGUGGACUUCACCAGAAACAUGUUCACCGGCUCUAUUCCACCAAAUCUUUGCUUCGGAAACCAAUUAAGGAAGCUCAUCUUGGGCCAAAAUCAUUUUCGAGGAAGUAUUCCUUCUGACCUAGGAAGUUGUUCUAAAUUGACAAGAUUGAUUCUCAAACAGAAUAAUCUAACAGGUGCACUUCCAGAGUUCGCAAAAAAUUCAGACCUUCUGUUCGUUGACCUUAGCAAAAAUAGUUUAAAUGGAUCAAUACCUUCAAGCAUAGGAAACCUUGCCAACUGUACCUCUAUAGAUUUCUCUCUCAAUAAGUUCACAGGCCAUAUACCAGUGGAACUACAGAUUCUUUCGAAUCUUGAGACUUUAAAUCUGUCCCACAAUGGUUUAGAAGGCAUACUACCAUCUCAGCUAUCAACCUGUCAUAAACUGUCAGAACUUGAUGUGAGUCACAAUUUGUUGAACGGCUCUAUUCCGACCACAUUUAGAAGCUUGAUGGAAAUAUCCGUUUUGGAUCUAAGCGAGAACAGUUUCACAGGUGGUAUUCCACCCUUUUUGUUUGAAUUUGAAAAGCUGUCAACUCUGCACCUCGGUGGAAAUAUGUUUGCUGGGGAUAUUCCUUCAUUCCGUCUAUCAGUAGGAACAGCACAGAGCCUCAGAUCGUUAAACCUUAGAGAUAACAGAUUGUCAGGACCCAUUCCUUCAGAGUUUGGGAAAUUAAAUAUGAUAGAGGAGCUAGAUAUAUGUUGCAACAGUCUGUUUGGACCUUUGGAGGCGCUUGACAAUAUUCAUUCAUUGCUUGAAGUCAAUGUUUCUUAUAACUCAUUCAGCGGUCCAAUACCACAUGAACUGAUGAAAUUCUUGAACUCCUCUCCUUCUUCAUUUGAGGGCAACCAGGGGCUUUGUGUCAACUGUCUUGCAUCAGGUGUAUCGUUGAAUUGCCUUGGGAACAGCAGUUUCAGACUAUGUGAUCAUCAGUCGAAAAAUAGAAAAGGACUAGAAAGAGUAGCUAUUGCAAUGAUAGUCCUUGCAUCCUCACUGCUUGUUUUUCUAGCCCUUGGAGCUGCUUAUGUAUGUUUUAGGCGCAUAGGGUCUGAGCAAAAAUUUGUAAUAUCUGCCAAAGAAGGUGCUUCUUCUUUGCUCAAUAAAGUAAUAGAAGCUACAGAGAAUUUAAAUGAUAGGUUCAUUAUCGGGAGGGGAGCUCAUGGAACAGUAUACAAGGCUGUGUUGGGUCCUGAUAAAGUGUAUGCAGUAAAGAAGCUGGUGUUUGUUGGAACCAACGACAGAAGGACCAGUAUGGUUCGAGAAAUUCAGACAAUUGGAAAGGUCAGACACCGAAAUCUUCUUAGAUUGGAAGACUUUUGGUUGAGAAAGGACCAUGGUUUGAUUUUAUACAGUUACAUGGAAAAUGGAAGUCUUUAUGAUGUUCUCCACGAGACACACCCACCUUGGCAAUUAGAGUGGACUGUUCGGUAUAAGAUAGCACUUGGAACUGCCCAAGGAUUAUCAUAUUUGCAUUUCGACUGUGAUCCUCCUAUUGUGCACCGAGACAUCAAACCGAUGAACAUAUUGUUGGAUUCAGAGUUGGAGCCUCAUGUCUCAGAUUUCGGCAUAGCCAAGCUCUUGGAUCAGUCCGUUGCAUCGACACCAUCCAGCACAGUUCGGGGCACCAUUGGGUACAUAGCUCCAGAAAAUGCAUUUGCUACUAUGACUAGCAAAGAGUCUGAUGUAUAUGCCUAUGGAGUUGUCGUGUUGGAGUUGAUUACUCGAAAGAAAGCCGUAGAUCCUUCAUUCUGUGGGGAAAUGGACAUUGUUGGAUCGGUGAGAUCUGUCUGGAGCAGAACUGAAGAAAUCGAGAAGAUAGUGGAUCCAAGUUUGCUUGACGAAUUCAUAGAUUCAAGCAUCAUGGAUCAAGUAAUAGAUGUGCUCUUAGUUGCUUUGAGAUGUACAGAGAGAGAGCCAAGCAAAAGACCCUCAAUGAGAGAUGUUGUGAAGCAGCUAACACAAGCCAGAUCCAAUAGCAGAAGCAAAAACAGCUAA